AGCUCCAGCCUGGGGCCAUCCUUCCUUUGAAGCCGCUCCCCAGGGUUGGGACUCAGCCCAGGUGAUCCCUGGUGGAGAAUCCCAUCCUCUUGAUGGACACCUGAGCACCAAGGUUCUGCUCUGCAGAGGUAGCAAGCCCACAGCAGCAGCAUCUGAAGCUGGAGGACAAAAAGCAACAUGCAUAACCCUACAGAAACCCCAGCUGGACUCAUUGCUGAGAACCUUCUCAAAGCCAAAGAAAUAGCCCUCAAUGACUCUCGUGUUCCUGAACAGCUCAAGAAAUACUUACAAAAAGCCCUUGAUGUUGCUCUUGGACUAGACCCUUAUCUGGAUGCAAUGGCAACUUCAAAGAGAAAACCUUCACCUGCCCAUGGCCCUGGGGAUGCUGGAGGAGCUGAAACCAAAGUUAGGCUGCAGGAAGCCCAUGCCUCUGGCUCUUUGAAUGGCCAAGUUUUUAAGAUGUUUGUUCAUAUGAUCAGAGCCAGGAAGAUUUUAUUAAUUGGCAAGCUUAAAGGUUACAGCAUCCUUGCUAUUGCAGAAGAAUUGCCAGAUGAUGGCAAAAUCUUUGCAUGUGCAGAAGCUCUGUAUCUGGGAGUGAACAGCCAAGAAGCAUUUGAUUAUUCUUCAGAUGGUAAAAAGAUAAGCAUGAGAGUGGGACCUACAGCAGACACUUUGGAGGCAUUACGUGCUGAGGAUGAGGAUUUUGAUAUAGUCUUUAUUGAUGCUGAUCAAAGAAAUGCUGUUGACUGCUACAGCUUUGUCAUGGACAACCACUUGCUGAGAAUGGGUGGAGUGAUCUGUGUCGAAAAUACACUCCUGAAAGGACAAGUCUACCUGGAGAACAUAGCUGAUGAAAAUGUACUAGCUGUCAGAAAACUAAAUACAGUGAUUAAUUCAGAUCCUCGUGUUGAGCAGAUAAUUUUACCUGUGCAGGGUGGACUGAGCAUCAUUCGAAGGAGCCCUGUGCCUCCAGAUGCAGUGAUUGAAUCCAAGGUGUUGGUGAGGGAUGAAGUCUUCUGGGGUUUUAACCAGCACCGCAUCCUCGACCGCCUGCGUUUGGAUGGGAAGGUGGCCUUUGUCACAGGAGGAGGGCAGGGCAUUGGGAGAGCCUUUGCUCAUGCUCUGGGUGAAGCUGGGGCUAAAGUAGCUGUUGUGGACCUGGUCCUUGCAAAGGCAGAGGCUGUGGUGUGCGAGCUCAGCCUGAAAGGGAUUAAAGGCAUUGCUCUGGCAGCAGAUGUGAGCAAACCUGAGGAUGUGCAGAGGUUUGUGGAUGCAGUUGUAGCUCGCUGGGGCACAGUUCACAUUGCUUGCAACAACGCAGGAAUCAACAUGAACUCUGCAAGUGAAGAGACUUCCCUGGAAGAAUGGGACAAAACUUUUAAUGUGAAUUUGAGGGGAUUAUUUUUGUGCUGCCAAGCUGCAGGCCGCAUUAUGCUGAAUCAAGGGUAUGGGAAGAUAAUUAACACAGCAUCCAUGGCAAGUUUAAUAGUCCCACACCCACAGAAGCAGCUGGCGUACAACGCCUCGAAAGCCGGGGUCGUAAAAUUAACGCAGACAUUAGGAACCGAGUGGAUUGACAGAGGAGUAAAAGUCAACUGCAUUUCCCCGGGCAUCGUGGACACGCCACUGAUCCGCUCCAAGGAGCUGCAGCCGCUGGUGCGACGCUGGCUCCUGGACAUCCCUGCUGGGAGGCUGGCCCAGGCCACUGACCUCCAGGCUGCAGUUGUCUAUUUGGCCUCUGAAGCCUCAGAUUACAUGACAGGCCAUAAUCUGGUCAUCGAGGGUGGCCAGAGCCUGUGGUGAGGGGCGUCCUCCAG